UUCCUUUCAGUUUCAUUUGGAUUGGAGCCAUUGUUCUCCAAUACUUUCUUCUUAAGGAACUUGAUCAAACAAACAAUUUUUUUUUUUGGAUUUCAACAAUCAAUAUCAUGUUCCUAUCAAGAUUUGUUCUUGCGUUUAUUUUCCUUUCUUCAUUGCUUCUUUUCCCUGCAAAUUCAAUCAGGUUGUUUAAAGCUGAGGAUGAAUCGGAUUUGUUCAUGGAGGCACCAGUGUAUCAAAAUGGACCUCACUGUCCGGUUUUGGGUAAAGAUACUUUGAUAUGUGACUCUUCCGUUGUUCAUAUUGCAAUGACCAUUGAUCCUGAAUACUUGAGAGGCACCAUUGCAGCCAUCCAUUCAGUUGUGAAACAUGGUUCAUGUCCACAAAACGUGUUCUUCCACUUCAUUGCCUCCGAUUCCAGCUCGGUUGUACCAACCCAACUAACUCGGAUCGUGAAGUCUGUAUUCCCAUCUUUGAGUUUCAAGGUUUAUGUUUUCCAGAAAAAGCUUGUAAGGGAUCUUGUUUCAUCUUCAAUCCGUCAAGCUCUUGACAACCCUUUGAAUUAUGCAAGGAUUUAUUUAGCUGACUUACUUGAAACCUGCAUCCAAAAAGUGAUCUAUUUAGAUUCAGACACCAUUGUUGUAGAUAACAUCCAAAAGCUAUGGAACAUAAAUCUCACUGGUUCCAGAACAAUUGGGGCACCCGAGUACUGCAAUGCAAACUUUGACAAGUAUUUCACAAGUGAUUUCUGGUCAAACCCAAGAUUUUCAAAGGUAUUUGAAGGCAAAAGAGCUUGUUAUUUCAACACAGGUGUGAUGGUUAUGGAUUUGGGGAGAUGGAGGCAAGGUGAUUACACAAGGGAGAUUGAGAAAUGGAUGAGAGUUCAGAAAGAUAAAAGGAUUUAUGAAUUGGGUUCUCUGCCACCAUUUUUGUUGGUUUUUGGUGGGGAUAUUGAAGCCAUAGAUCAUAGGUGGAAUCAGCAUGGUCUUGGUGGGGAUAAUUUGGUUAACAGUUGCAGAACAUUGCACCCUGGUCCAAUAAGUUUGCUUCAUUGGAGUGGGAAAGGGAAACCAUGGGUUAGAUUAGAUGCAAAGAGACCUUGUUCAGUUGAUUUCUUGUGGGCACCCUAUGAUUUGUAUAAAUUUCAUGGAUAUUCUCGGCAUCGACAAUUGGAUGGAUUUAGAUUUGAUUCUUUGUGAUUUAUUUUGAUUCUUCAUCUUUCACCUCUUUUCAGUCACUUUGUAUUCUUUUUAUUAUUAUUAUUAUUAUUUUGUGUAAAUAGACACCAAAGAAGCUGCGGGAUUUUUUUUUCAGCUUGUAUUGUAACAAGAGAGUUAUGUUUUGUGUGUAAA